AUGAAAAAGAGGAAAAACUCUUUUGUUAUUGCACAAAUGUCACAGAAGUGGCAAGAAAUAACAAAAGUGUUUGAACUAAGGAACAAAGCAGCAGAAGAUCAAAAUAUUUCGAAUCUUGGAUUUGAAUAUCCAUUUUUGAAAGAACUACCGAUUAUUGACAAAUCAAAAAUCGAUUAUCUAAACCAAGAAAAAGGCGAAAUCAAGUCCGUCAAAGAGAAUCUCAUCGCGGUCGAGUUUAAUUAUAAUUUCAACGCCGACUUACUCGAUAGUUUUUAUGCAGCAUCACGGCAGACGUACACUCCGAACAAAGCUUACAUUUCGGUGAUCUACUACCAAAUGAUUUCACUUUGCUUUUUAACGCCAGAAUUAAUUGAUGACAGAAUUCUCAAAUUAAGCAUCAAUUGUCUUACGAAAUGCGCAUUGACAUCAAAUUAUGAAUUUGCAAACCUUAUUUUCUCUGAAUUAUUAAAUCAUGUUUCGAAUAUUCAAAAUUUUCAAUUCACAAUCGGUAGCAUUGAUGCCAUUAUCAGUUAUUUUGGCCUCAUAGAUACGCUUGAACCUCAUGUUUACCCUUCUUUUAUAUUUUUCAUGAGAUUAAUUCUUACGAAUCCAGCGCAUGAAAGAACCGAACAAAAUUUCUUGUUACUGAUCAGACUGAUUGCUGAAAAACGUAAAUUUAUUUUCGAAAACGAUAUUGUCGACAUAGAAUUGUUAGUUUUCCCAUUUGCUUACAAUUUCGAACCACAAGCUAUAUAUCUACUUUCACAGUUAACGAAAAACAAACUCGAUGGAUAUUUACUUGAAGCUUUUUCGAUUUUUUCAAAUAAAAUAGUAAAUUACGUAAAACAGAACGAAGAACCAUUGAUUGUCGAUACAGAAAAGCAUCUACUUACGAAUACAAAGAUAGUUACCUCACAACAAAACUUAAAUUACAAAACUCAAAUUUCAGACGCAGAUUUCGACAAAACAAUCAAAUUAUGUAACCCAGUAACACUGCUUUCAAAUGACAUACAAAAGAUUAUUACUAAUAUCGUUACAAAUAUUAAGGAUUCCGCUAAAGAAUGUUUGCAUAUUUUAUUAUGUCAGUUAACUCAAAAAUUAUCAGCCCACGAGAACGAGAGGUUCUAUUAUACAAUUAUGGCUGUUUAUUUCUCGAUUCUUUCGAAUAUUUCGUUCAAUUGUUCGCAAGAAGACAUCAAAAAGGCCCAUUUAUCGAAUUUAUUCAGUAUAAAACAAUCAAUUUAUGAAGAGGAUACAUUGGAUUUGGUAAUAAGCGCUUUAAGAACUGAUUUAGUCAUAUUUUAUUCAUCAUUAAACCAAGAUUACCUGUUUAACUUGUUCAUUGAGUUCCAAAACGAUCCAAUUAUCAUUGGAGAGCUCGCGUCUCGCCUUUACGCAAAUAAAAUCGUUGAUAUCAACCCGAAUAUUUUCACAAUAAUUUUCGAAAGCACAAACAAGCUCAAAUUCUUUGAUUCUAGACUUACUAUAAUGGCACAAUAUGGAAUGUUGUGUUAUAUCAACUUAAUUUUCAGUUUGAAACCACAAAUUUUAUUUGAAAACAGAAAUUACACGUAUUGCUACUUGCAAUAUCUUUCUUGUGACAUGUUUGCUGACAUUGUUGUUGAAUCAAUCGAAUCUUGUUUCUCUAAACGACAAUUAAAUUGUAAUUUGAUUUUCCUUUCGGAUUUCAUCAACGACCAUUCUGUUUCCCAAGAGAACAGUGUUUCUAUAUCCAAGUUGAUCAGUAUUAUCUCAAGAACUGUUUAUAAUUAUCCGAAUUUGAUUUCUAUUGCGGAAGAAUCUCUUGAUUUCAUAUUAGAUUUCGCAGUAAGAAUUAAAAGUAAGGAAUUACGUAACAAUCUCAUCAAGAUUUUCAUUACUUUGACUCAUGUCAACAAAGAAUUUUCAAUUUCAAUAAAAGAAGCGGACAAAAUUGCCAAAAUUCUGGAUUAUGGAGACACAGAUUACAUAAAGAGUCAGAUUCCAAACCUUUUGACCGGAUCUUCUUCGAGUAUUGAAAAUGAUCUCUUUGUUAUCAUAAAUUCCUCAUUCAUUUUGCCGUUAAUCCUCUCAAAAACACUUUCUUCAGCUACAUUGGACCUACUUAUUGAGCUCGCAGAGUUUUCUCAUCGAAAUAUUUACAAAAUUCAUCAAAAUAGGAUUGAUUACAUCCUUUUGAACUCAUUAAAAUCUCCAUUUGAUUAUGAUUGCAUCCAUAUUGACCUUAAACUUGAUCCUCUUAAAGUUCUCAAGUUAAUUCAACAAAAUUCGAGAAUCUUUUGUUCAGAAGCAAUCAUAAAAGAGAUCAUAUCAGUAGUAAAACACAGACCAGACUUACCAGUAACAAAAUAUUUCAACAAAGCAUUGGUUUACGGAAAAAAUACGCCGAAGACAAAAUAUUGCUUAGGAACAGGGCAUCCAAUCGCCACAGUUAUAGGUUUAGACUCAUCAAUAUUCGAUUACGAUAUUACUUUCCUCUUAAAUUUGAAAGUUGACAACACAUAUCUUGAAAAAACAGAUGCUUGCAUUAAUUUGUUUACUAUUACAGAUGAUGAAGGUAGAUAUACAGCAUGCAAGCUCACAAACCAUCUUAUUUACGUUGAAACAUUCGAUAACAACGCAAUGUUUGAAUCUGUAAUCAGCACAAGUGGCUCUUGGGGCGAAAUUAACACUGUUGCAGUAUCAUUACUCGGAAAUACAGAUCAUAGGAAGGUAGUUGCAUUCAGUAAUGGUGCAAACUUGCCUUUAGUUGACUAUGUUUGUCCCAAUUUCGGUUCAGGUAUCGUUGUCACUUUUGGAGGGGGAAGUUCCCCUUCUGGAAAUUUCAGCUCUUCUGUAUUUGGCUAUCUUUCAGAUUUUAGGUUCUUUGCCAGACAGUUUUCUAUCACUGAUCAGCAGACAGAUGACUAUUAUUUCUCGAUGCAAGAUCCAUUAAGACACAAAGGUGACAGAUUCACUCAUGAAGACUUCAAUAUAUACAUACAAGGCAAGUACUAUUACAAAUCUGCAUACGAUUUGUUCAAAUCUCGUAAAUAUGUUACGAAAUUACUUAAAUCUGUUUUCGAUUCAAAAGAAACAAUAGAGAACUCCUUGAAAUAUGCUUUCGAGUGUCUCAGAUGCAUUGACUUCACAGACCAAGCAUUUGAAGGUUUCUUUGGCAUUGGAAGUUACAUAAAUUCUCGAUUGUAUUUCGAAAAAAUCGGAAAUUUGAAUGCCUUCAGAAUUAUUUUGAAUAGUUUACAUCACUUACCGCAACCAUGCCAAGUAGAAUUACUAGAACAUGUUAUUUUAUCAUUAUAUCCAUGGAUCUCAUGUUCUCCAGAAGAUUUAUGCCAAAUUAUUGAUUUAUGGAAUACACAAGUAUUAUAUCAGUUUUCAGACAUAUUCGAACAGAAGAGUUUUGUAUCCACCAUUGUAGGAAACACGUAUAACCUGCUUACAGACCCUUUAGAAGAGAAUACCCGAGAUAUGAAAAGAAUUAUUACAAAAAUUUCCGAAUUUCUCCGCGAAUUAGCUCUGAUUAACAUCAAUGAGAAUGAUAUACAACUUCUUGUCAGUUGUGCAUCUCAUUCUUCCCAGCCUUAUCUCUAUUUAUCAAUUGUAGAAAGUUCUUCCAACCAAUUGAUCAAUUUAUCCAACAACCAAGAGAUAAAACAAGGAGCCCUUUUACUUGUAAGUCAUUCAGACCCUAUUGUUGCUGCUUCCUGUUUGUUGAUUUUGAAUUGUUUCGUUUAUCAAAAUCAUUCAACGGAGGUUUUGACACAAUUAAGGUUAAUUAAUCAAGAACAUUAUUCUGACAUUUGUAGUUUCCUUAUUUCUCAUAUUAAGGAAGUUCCUCGUAUUUUCUUACUUGUUUGCGCUUUAGUUUUGAACUGCGAUGUUGAUUUUCUUCUUUCAGCAGCACAAACAAUGCAAAACUGCACAAAUCAAAUUGUUAAUGAAACAAUUUUCAGCGGAAUAUGGUAUAUGUUCCCAAUUCUGUUCGCUAUACAACUCCCGCCAACAUAUUCUGAAAAUAUCUUUAAUAUUUGUUCAUUGGUCGCUUUGAAGUCAAAAAGUGAAGUGAAAAAUUCACUUGGAUUUUUAGAAUUUGUGAAUUCAAAAGUCAAAAGUCCUCAAAAAGUGGAUUAUGUAUCGAUCUAUUUGAAGCGAUUGAUAACAAAUAACAAAGAUAACUCAUUAAACGAGUUCCUUUUCCAGAGAUUGACAUCGCACAUCGUUUAUAGAGUUGACGGACCUUCUCAUCAUGAUGAAUUGUUGGCGGCUUAUUUCGAGUCACCUUUUAGAAACGAUAAAACUGACAAAUUAUUUGAGGACAACCGUUUGACGAUAAAACAAGUUGGAGAUUUUAAUAAACUUAUUAUUGGUCCUCCGAGAAUUUUGUUUUGGUAUGAUCGAAACGAUACAAUUUUGGAUGGAUUGGCGAAAAUGAUGGUGAUGAAAAUGAAUUCGAAUUCAAACACAAUGGAAAUCAUCGAGAAAAUCAAAAGAGGAGAGAAAAACGAACAACAAUCAAUGAUUUGCGAAAUAUACUCAGCUUAUUUCGAAGAAUCUGUAGUUGAAAAUAAUAAUUUAUUAAGGGAAUCCCUAGAAAAAUGUGUUGAAAUGACAAAACCUCAUAAAAUGUCAAUGAAAAAUCUUCAGAAUUAUUUGAAAGAAAAACUGACAAAUGUCAAACCGAAACCGAUAUCCAAGACAACGAUGAAAUUCGACAAGACAUGUCUUGGACCAUUCUGUCCUUUAAGAAUGAAACUCUACAAAGGUUUCCAUAAAAUGGCCGGCCAAUUACAACCAAAAGGUGUCUGUUGUAAAUUGGUCGAAUUAGAAAAAGUGAGAGAAUUUUACUUGUCAAAGGAGAACCAAAAAAUUUAUUUGUCAAAUCAACAAACUGUUAAACCAAUAGACUUUGAUUCUGUUGUUACUAUUAUUCAGAGAAGACCAACUCGUAAUUUGUUUUCAUUUGAGUUUUACACGAAAAACAGGAAGUCCUACCUUUUGACAUUUAGAUCCAAUGAAAACAACAUCAUAAACCAAGACAUGACAGCUAUUGAUGUUCAAAGAAAAGUGCUUAAAACCGUCGAACUUUGGCAGAAAAACGUUUUGUCAAAUUUCGAAUUAUUGAUGAAAUUGAACAUUUUAAGUGGAAGGUCAUUUAGUGAUCCAUAUUUGUAUCCUUUCAUUCCUUAUCCAGGAGAACAAAUUCCACAGUUAAAUGGUCCUCCUUCUCCUUUCCCUCCUUACAAAACGAAAUCGGAAUUGACUGAUUUGAAUGAACAGACAUUUUUAGCUGCCGAUUAUUUCUUUUCCAUUGAUGCGUUUCAGAAUUUAAACAGCGUCGAAAACUGUGUUCACGAACUGUAUAAAUUCAGGCAUCUCCUUGAAAUGGAUUAUGUUUCUAAGUGGCUUCCGAAUUUCAUUGAUUUGGUUUGGGGAAAAGAUUAUAAAACUGAUUUCCAACAUCAAGUUUUAUUCGCUGAGAAGUUCCCUUCUAAAAUCCCUGUUGAUUACAAAUCAUUUGAAAGAAAUGAAAGAUUAAUCAACGGAAUAUUGACUUUUUGUUUCGUUAUUUCCCAUGAAAUCGCAAUUUUCUACAACAAAAACACGAGAAAAUUGACUUUCUACAGCUUGGAAAUGAAAGAAAACAGAAAUGUCAUUGAUUUACAACAGAAUCCAAUGAUUUUGUUCCAUAGAGAGUAUAUUCACGUCUUCCAAAACAGGAAACAUUUAGUUAUCAAUCAAGAAAGUUGUAAUGAAACUGAAUGUGAUGAUUUGGAUUUCGUUUGUUCAUCAGGAACUUAUUUAAUCUCUGUGAUUGGCGAAAAAAUUUAUUUAGAUAAUGUAUUGAUUUAUACUUCUAAAUCAAAAAUCACAGCAAUUGCCGCUUCUCAUCAAUUUGAUUUGAUUGUUUAUUCUGAUAUCAUCGGAGUAACUCAUUUCAUUUCUUUGAGGUCGAGGAGACAAAUCAACAAGAAAUUCGACUUCAGAUCGAAAUCAUUGAUGAUAACUGAUGGAUUAGGUUUCGUUAUUUGUUCUGAUCAUGCAACAACUUAUGUCUUUGAUUCUUCUAUAAGAAUGAUUGGAAAAAUAGAGAAGAAAUGCAGUAGAUUGUUUACUUUGUCUAUUUUGGGAUGCGAAUACUUGGUUUUCGUUGGAUUGGACCAUGCAUCUGUCUACUGUUUGGAUAACUUGGAGAAUGAAUUCAUCGUGAAAGAGUUUGGUGAUGCUGUUUUCAUCAAAUACGAAAGUUCCAUCAAAUCAAUGAUUUCUGUUGGAAGAAACGGACAACUUUGCAUUUCUAACAUAGCGAACUUUAAGUUCAUUAAUGGAAAAAUCUUCUAA